AUGAAUUGGUCCCUGGUCACACCAACUGUAUCUGCUACACCCAACAUGGUCAUUUCUUUCAAAGCUUUAAAAGUUCCCAAGGGUAUUCAUCUCACAAAACAUGUUUAUUGUGUCGCCAUUGGAGAGACUGCAUUUACCCAGAAGAAGGAAGCACUUUACUGCAAGACUAGAGCUAUAUUAGGUGAACACAAGGAUGUUGAAAUGGUCUUAUUUUCAUUAGUCUGGGAAGCCACAGACUAUCACUCACCCAUUACCCACUCUGUUAUUUUCCCAUCUCUGAGCCCUCAAGCCUCAUCAUCCUCAUCAUCCUCAUCCUCAUCAUCCUCAUCCUCAUCCUUGUUAGCCUCAUCAGCACCAGCACCAGCCUCACCCCUUCCUGGCACCCCCCUCUCCUUUGAUGACUUCAUCAACCUUAGUGAUGCCAUGGACUCAAUCACUGACCCAGUCCAGGUAGCAGGGCACACAUGGUGUCAUAUCACCACUGUUGAUUAUCUAGUCUGGGUUAGAGAUGAAGGUCCAAUCAACAUAGAUGUGGAAGACCAGCACAUGGCCAAAGGCAUAAACACUGGCACCAACUUUGGACAUGGAUGUGCCCUUGACACCACUCCUCUUAGAGAAAUCAAGAUGGACCUCACUCUGGAUUGGAACAUUUGCCUUGGUAUCCUCACUCUAGCAGCACAGGAAACUGCAUAUCAAUGGUACAUUGUGUGGCACCAGGAGGAGUCAAAAAACCUCAAUUCCACCUCAACAUCUGGCUCCAGUAGCACAUCCACUCCUUUGCAUGACCCCAAUGACCCUUCAGGAUCUAGUACUGCCUCGCACAAUGCCAGUGACCCUGCAGGCUCUGGUCCUGCACCCAACUCCCUUGCCUCUGAGGAAGAGAUAGGUGGGGUCACCAACCUUACAAAGCUGCCCAUAUGA